AUGAAAUAUUUAAAAAAAAAAUGGGUUCAAGCAUGUGAAGGACCAAGCUAUAUGAAAGACAUAAAUAUAAGUACAGCACGAGCGUGUUCAAAACAUUUUGAACCAUCAAAUUAUAUUGAAAAAUUGCCAAUAAAAAAACUCCUUGGAUGGUCUCCAAAACAUUACAGAGUUCUAAAAUGUGAUGCAGUUCCAUCAAUCUGUUUACCUUCUCAAUCUGGUGUAAAAAAAACCUUGUUUAAAGCAAUAAGUCCCAGAAAAAUAACUCCAAAAAAUAGGCCAAAAAAUACAUUAAAAGUUAUUCCGAAACAUAAAUUGAAAAUGACACCAUCUAAAAGUUAA